ACGUUAACGCAGUCGUACCUCUGUUGCUGCAACGACAAGCAGCGUGUGCAUUUCACUCCAAGAAACCUCUUACCACUGGGAAGAGACCACUGGUAGCUAUCGGCUUACGAUCCAGCGCACUACUUGCGUGUACACCACCUGAUUGUGCCUAACAUGGCCCUGACCGUUUGGAAUCCGAACACUGAACUCAGCUUAGACAAUAUUGCCAAAAUGGUCGCGAUCAGGGAAAAACCUGGCUACCACAUCUACUUCCAGGGAGACGGGGUGCCAACGACCAACGGCUAUACGUUUACUCUGGUAAGCCAUCCUGUUGACGGCAACCCGGAAGUCGCAGUGGUUCUGCAUAUUGCCCCAGAGUGGAAAACGUUCGUGUUCAACAUUAACUACGACGAUGGACAGAAUCACUUGCACUACAAGUACCCGAAGGCGCCAGGAAGCACGGAAGCUGUGGCGACGAAACAGUACAAUGUGAAGGACAAGAGUCUCGAGACCCCAGUCACGAGCUUUAAGAUUCUUCCUGGUGCGCACAUUGUACGCUUUCAGAUCGACACAAAUAAUAAAUUAGUGCAGAUGUACCUCGGCGAGAACAAGCUCCUGCUUAAUCCAUUUGAUUUCCCGGAUUUCUUAAACCAGAUUUUUCUGAAGACUGAAAAUGGACGGGUAUUCGAAGCCCAUCAAGUGGCCGAUGAUGGAUCGUCGGUUUUCGAUAACGAACUAGGCAAUGAUCCUCGUGAUACACCCCCGCUUGUCCCAGGAUGCUUCCUGGAAGUGAAGGGAGAGGUAGCUAACGCAUCCAACUCGCCUAGUUUCGCCAUCAGCGAAUUAAGUAAAUACGAUAAAAACUCACCGGCAACGCCGCAGUUUACCACGUUCCCCGUUCCGUUGCCUGCCGGUGCGCAGACGUUCGUUUACUACGUCAAGUACUGCAGGAAGCAUCUCAUCAUCGACGCAGGAGCAGGGAUGAAAGUGUACAGUCAUAAUUUUAAAGCCCCUAGGCGCUGCUACGCGAAGGAUUUGUGGGGAGAAAACAUCAACUUUGUUGUCAACUAUCUUGGAUAAGAAAAAACAAGCAAGUCAUCUCAGUGGCGCUUUCCUACAUGCUCUUCAGUUUACAAUGCCAUACAAUAAAGGUUCGCUACG